UUUUAAAUUAAAGGAAUUAAAGGAGAGAAAAAGGAAAUAAAAGUAACGAAGAUAAACUCCAACCCUCGCCAAUAAAAACCCUAGCAUCUCUAACCUUAUUUUCUCUCUCUCUCUCUCUCUCUCUCUCUCUCACUUACUUCUGACCUCAGUACUGCUUUUCAAACCCAGUCCAAACAGAUCUUCUCUAUCUUAUCAUAUCUGUGGUAGUAUGGUGACGAAGCUUGAUCUUAGUAAUUCCUUCCUUGUGACCCAACAGAGCUCGAAUAUCUGAUCAGUAUUAAUUAUUGCAAUAAUUAAUCAUAGAUCAUCAAUAUCUUCUGAAAGCUUGAAACUAGUUAGGUAGCUUAAUUAGAAACUGCAUAAUAUAUAUAAUAUAAUACUAAUAAGGUGGAUCGAAGGCAUGGAAAGAGGCCACUUCCUGUGGAAGCAGCGUCGGAGGAGAAAAAAGAAGAACAACAAGAUCUUCUUCACCAUGUCUUGGAAGCAGGUGAUUAUGCAUCAGCUGUUUUGGGUGGAAGAGACACGUCCUCCAAUACCAUGGUUACUGGACUCACUCGUAUCAUCGGAAUCUCCACCUGUACUAGUCUUGAUCAUCAAGACUUUGGUAACCCAGCUCAUCAUCUGGUCCAAUCAAGUGCUUCACAAUCUGCCACGUCUCAUGAUCACCUCAUGCAAGAUCAAGGGAAUAUAAGGAGAAGCCGGCAUUACAGGGGAGUAAGACAAAGACCAUGGGGGAAAUGGGCCGCUGAAAUAAGGGAUCCAAAGAAAGCAGCUAGAGUUUGGCUAGGAACGUUUGAGACAGCAGAGGAUGCAGCCCUUGCUUACGAUGAAGCUGCUCUUAGGUUCAAAGGCACCAAAGCUAAACUCAACUUCCCUGAAAGAGUUCAACUCAUGGGUACCAAUAUUAUUACAUCUUCUCCUACAAGUGAUCAAUUCGGCUACUUCCCCACUAGCAGUAGUCACGAGACCAGUAGUACUACUACUCAUGGAAUCAAUAUUCCCCCUUCUCCUCAUUUUCCAUUGAUCUCAUCAUCGCAACAAGAAACCUAUCCGGACCUGUUUCACUACGCACAGCUUCUUUCUGGCAAAGAUGUUGAGUUCCCUUGCUUUGGUUCAACUAUCUCUGAUGAUCAACCAGACUUCGGUAAUUUGGAGGCUUCGAGUGCACUAUCAUCCUCGAUUACUUCCUCAUAUCAUCAUCAUCAGCAGCAGCAGCAGCAGCAGCGAUCACAAGGGAAGCACUUUGGUACUGACAAGUGGCAACCUAAGUGAGUAGCAUCUUCGAUAUUGUGAUCAGGAUUGUUAUGAUUACUUUAGAGGUUUCAUUUCAAUUCUGUAGUCUUUGGAAGCAUGCAAAAGGAGAACUUUUGUUCUACUACUUGGUGAAGGAGGUCCAGGAUCGAGGUGCUUGUGCGCGCACUGAAGAUACGUACGUAGCGCCAGAUGUUUUGACUUUCAACUUUUUCCUAAGUAUUGGCAUCAAUGGCAUGGUUGCCAAAUUUGAUUGUUUUGCUUUGCUUUCUAUUUAAGUUGCUUGUGACUUUAAUUUGAGGUAUUUUGAGUUGUAUCAUCCUGCUUGUCCAAUGAAAUUUUGAAUAUCUUUAAAAA